CCUCCUCGCACCACGAGGGCGCGCGCGCGCGCGGACGGUGGCCGAGGAGCAGCGGUGGCGACGGCGGCGGCGAUGUCGGACGCGUGGCUGAUGGACCCCGCGGGCACCGAGCCGCGCUCCCCGUGUCGCCUGCGGCCGAACGUGCCCGUGUCGCCCGCCGCGCUGCUCCGCCUCGGCGUGAGGCACUGGAAGCUCAACGCCGACGAUUACGAGAACGACCCGGAGCUCGGAGCGAUCCGCAAGGAGCUCGGCUACUCCUACAUGGACAUCAUCACCAUCCGGAAGGACGCGAUGGCCGACUACGAGCAGAAGCUCGCCUCGUUCUACAAGGAGCACCUGCACCGCGACGACGAGAUCCGCUACGUCCUCGACGGCGGCGGCUACUUCGACGUGCGCGACGAGGCCGAGCGCUGGGUGCGCGUGGCCGUGCGCCGGGGCGACAUGAUCACGCUGCCCGCUGGCAUCUACCACCGCUUCACGCUGGACAGCAAUAACUACGUGAAGGUCAUGCGGCUGUUUGCGGGCGAUCCCGUGUGGACGCCGUACAACCGCCCGUCGGACGACUUUGAGGAGCGCAAGGAGUACGAGCACAAGUUUCUCGGCCGCAGCGGCUGAGCAGCGGGGAGGGGGCCCCCCGCUCGGCGCGCGUUCCCGAGAACGCCGACCGUCCCGGCGCCAGCGGUAGCGGCAGCCACCGCGGGACACCGCCGGACACCAUGCUCGGCUUCCAUAGUCGACGGGAUAUCUAUUAACUGUAACUUACCACAACCAACAUGAUGAGUCGUGGGUUUUUUCCUUUUUUUUGGGGUUAGGCCACGCGUUGAUCCGGUAAAAAAUUUGUGUCGUUAACCCUCCACCAUGCGGCAUUGCCGAGUGAACGCGACACGCCUCGAGAUUUGUCAGAAAUGUCUCAAGUCACCGGCGGGCUGAAAUGACCGUGGCGGAGGGGAGGGAUCAUCGCUGGGCCCGACCCGCGCAUCUACGUUGGGUCGGGACAUUUGCCAAGAGGCAUUAGAAUGACACUGGCCAUGAAUCGUAAGGCCGCCGGUCAUUUCUAGCUAAUUUAAUUACUUAAAUUGCCGCGUGUGCUCUCGCGCGACCGCAGUGAUUUGUUGCAGUGCUCGCCCGGAUCCCCGAGUGAUUACAAUCGAUGCUCCUCUGAUUUAAGCGUAGGGCCACUUUGUUUCGAGGCUGCGGCGGCUCGAGGUUCUAAUAAAGCGAGAAGGACGAGUCUUU